GGAAGCGGUGAUUGGCGGAGUGCGGCCACCAGCGGCUGCCUCCCUGUGAGUGUGUGUCUCUGGCAGUGUCAAUGGCUCCUCCUGCCACGGAGCAGCGACGGGCUUGAGACGGGCAGGACCGCGGGGCUCCUUUAAGAGAGGGAUUUUCGGGGGGGCUGGGGACGGGGGCCGCGGUGUGAUCGUCCCCCACAGCCAGCGCUCGGGAGAGCCAGCGGCCGGCGGCUCCUCUGCCUCUCGAGCGAGCCGGCGAGGAGGCGGCAGCGGCGGGACCCGCGCCUGGAGACUCUCCCCCCCCCCCCUCCUUCCCUGCUGCCCGCUGCUGCGAGGCGUCCGCCCCGGGGCUUCCUCCUUUCCCCCCUGUCCCCGACGAGGCACCGGUUGCCGGAGGAUUCCCCCCCUCCCCUCCCGCCACCCACACGAGUCGGCAAAUGAACUCGGUCCGAGCCGCCAACAGGAGACCCAGGCGAGUGUCCAGGCCGCGCCCGGUGCAGCAGCAGCAGGAGAGGAACAACGCCGCCGCCGCCGCCGGGGAUCGGGAUGAUGAUGUACCUGCAGAUAUGGUUGCAGAAGAAUCAGGUCCUGGUGCACAAAAUAGUCCAUACCAACUUCGCAGAAAAACUCUUCUACCUAAAAGAACAGCUUGCCCUACAAAGAGCAGCAUGGAGGGUGCCUCCACUUCAGCUACUGAAAACUUUGGUCACCGAGCUAAACGUGCAAGAGUAUCUGGAAAGUCCCAGGAUUUAUCAGCAGCACCUGCAGAGCAGUAUCUUCAGGAGAAGUUGCCAGAUGAAGUGGUUCUAAAGAUCUUCUCCUACCUGCUAGAGCAGGAUCUCUGUAGAGCAGCUUGUGUGUGUAAACGCUUCAGUGAGCUGGCUAAUGAUCCCAUUUUGUGGAAAAGAUUGUAUAUGGAAGUAUUUGAGUACACUCGCCCCAUGAUGCAUCCUGAACCUGGAAAAUUUUAUCAGAUUAAUCCAGAAGAAUAUGAACAUCCAAAUCCCUGGAAAGAAAGCUUUCAGCAACUGUACAAAGGAGCACAUGUAAAGCCAGGUUUUGCUGAACACUUCUACAGUAAUCCUGCGAGAUACAAAGGAAGAGAAAACAUGUUGUAUUAUGAUACUAUUGAAGAUGCUCUUGGUGGAGUUCAAGAAGCUCAUUUUGAUGGUCUUAUCUUUGUUCACUCUGGUAUAUAUACUGAUGAAUGGAUAUAUAUAGAAUCUCCAAUCACCAUGAUCGGUGCAGCGCCUGGAAAAGUAGCAGAUAAAGUUAUAAUAGAAAACACUAGAGAUUCCACCUUCGUUUUUAUGGAGGGUUCUGAAGAUGCCUAUGUUGGAUAUAUGACAAUCAGGUUCAACCCUGAUGACAAAUCUGCUCAGCAUCACAAUGCACACCACUGCUUAGAGAUCACCGUGAACUGCAGCCCAAUUAUAGAUCACUGUAUUAUUCGAAGUACUUGUACGGUUGGCUCUGCAGUAUGUGUUAGUGGCCAAGGAGCUUGUCCUACUAUUAAACACUGUAACAUCAGCGACUGUGAAAAUGUUGGACUUUACAUUACAGACCAUGCGCAGGGAAUAUAUGAGGACAAUGAGAUCUCCAAUAACGCAUUAGCAGGGAUUUGGGUUAAAAACCAUGGAAAUCCCAUUAUCAGACGGAAUCACAUUCACCAUGGACGUGAUGUUGGCGUUUUCACUUUUGACCAUGGCAUGGGUUAUUUUGAAAGCUGCAACAUACACAGAAACAGGAUAGCAGGUUUUGAAGUGAAAGCGUAUGCCAACCCUACAGUAGUUCGGUGUGAAAUACAUCACGGCCAGACUGGAGGAAUCUAUGUUCAUGAAAAAGGAAGAGGACAAUUCAUUGAGAACAAAAUCUAUGCAAACAACUUUGCAGGUGUUUGGAUUACCUCAAACAGUGACCCAACAAUAAGGGGCAAUGCAAUUUUUAAUGGGAAUCAAGGUGGUGUUUAUAUCUUUGGUGAUGGAAGAGGCCUUAUUGAAGGAAAUGACAUUUAUGGUAAUGCAUUAGCAGGAAUACAGAUUCGAACAAACAGCUGUCCCAUAGUUCGACACAACAAAAUUCAUGAUGGUCAGCAUGGUGGAAUUUAUGUACAUGAAAAAGGACAAGGUGUGAUUGAGGAAAACGAAGUUUACAGCAAUACUUUGGCUGGAGUCUGGGUGACAACAGGGAGCACUCCAGUCUUGAGGAGAAACAGAAUACACAGUGGGAAACAAGUUGGAGUUUAUUUUUAUGACAAUGGACACGGCGUUUUAGAAGACAAUGACAUCUAUAACCACAUGUACUCAGGGGUCCAGAUAAGAACUGGAAGCAACCCCAAAAUCAGACGCAACAAGAUCUGGGGUGGUCAGAAUGGUGGUAUUCUUGUCUAUAAUUCUGGGCUUGGAUUUAUAGAAGACAAUGAGAUUUUUGAUAAUGCAAUGGCUGGUGUAUGGAUUAAAACAGACAGUAAUCCUACACUAAGAAGAAAUAAAAUCCAUGAUGGAAGAGAUGGAGGCAUCUGUAUAUUUAAUGGGGGAAGAGGUCUCCUGGAAGAGAACGAUAUCUUCAGGAAUGCUCAAGCUGGUGUUCUUAUCAGCACCAACAGCCACCCUGUACUAAGGAAAAACCGAAUAUUUGAUGGAUUUGCUGCAGGUAUUGAAAUAACAAAUCACGCAACUGCAACGUUAGAAGGCAAUCAGAUUUUCAACAACCGCUUUGGAGGUUUAUUUCUUGCAUCUGGUGUCAAUGUCACAAUGAAAGAUAACAAAAUAAUGAACAAUCAAGAUGCCAUAGAAAAAGCUGUCAGUAGAGGCCAGUGUUUAUAUAAGAUAUCCAGUUACACCAGCUACCCGAUGCAUGACUUCUACAGAUGUCACACCUGUAACACCACGGACCGCAAUGCCAUAUGCGUGAACUGCAUUAAGAAGUGCCAUCAAGGACAUGACGUAGAAUUCAUUAGACACGAUAGGUUUUUCUGUGACUGUGGUGCUGGAACACUGUCCAAUCCCUGUACGCUUGCUGGAGAGCCUACACAUGAUACAGACACACUAUAUGACUCUGCUCCACCUAUAGAAUCCAAUACAUUGCAGCACAACUGAAUUCCUUUCAGAAAGCAAGUCCUGCCAUUCGAAUAGCAUAACUGUUCAAACCUUUUUUUUGGAGGAAGUUACACUUGCCCAUUUCUGCAGAAAGACACUGUGUUAAAGCGGAUGUGUGAGGUGUUGACACUAUGGAGCUCAACCUACCAAAAAAGAAAGUGGCAAUAUGUUGACUCAGGAUAACAGAACUGGGCGUUUUAGCAUUACUGUGUAAAACAAAGACUUUGAAGGGACAGAAGUGAAGAAAAAAAAUAAGCUGCAAUUUUGUACAGAUACCAACUUCUGAAAGCUGGUGUUUUUACAAGUAGCAUUGAAGCGCAGUCCAAUUUGCAGUAGUACUAUUCUGUAGACAAGCAGCAUUCUUUGUUGCUGCCUUUAUGGACAUGGGUACCAAUUGCUUUUGUAACAUGGUAAAAAAAAAAUGUGAGCUAGCACUUCUGCAUUUCUUUUGAUUUUUUUUAACAUUUAUUCAGAUUGAGAAAUAUGAGUUUAAUGCUUUAAUCUCAUGUAGUUUGUUUCUAAUUUCAAGCAAAAAAAAAAAAUCUUAUUGUACUUGAAUGUGUCCUGUUUUGUUAGCACACCUAGACUUGCUGUAACUGUACUCAUGUCCCAGUAUGUACGUUCUUUCUAUGAAAGAGAAAACACUAAUCUUAAAUUAUAUCCAGCAAUUUUUCUGGUGUCCUCCGAAGUUAGAAUAAUCUCCUUCCCUGCCCCAGCAAUAGUCUGUACUCAAACCACCCUAACAAAGAAGAAAAGAGCGAGUGUUUUAAUGAGACUUCCUAGACUAUAAUGCACUAUAAAACAAAGUACCCACGUAACUAAGUUUUGUGAAAGAAAUUUUACUAUGUUUUAAAGUACACGGUAGAAAGUCUCCUCAAAACAGUCUUGUAUUUUACUCUGUUCAUAGUUUUUUUUGAACAGUCUCGGACAUUACUUAACCUGCUGGAAAUCACAGCAAUUUCCUGCUCUAAUGAAGCUGAGACAAGUAUAUAUACAGCCCUAUCCAGUUUCAUAGCUUUUUUCCAUUUAUGUGUAUUGGUGACAGUGGGUAAUCAACAGCCUGAAAGUGUAUGCAUGUACCAUAACAUCUAGACUUAAUAUAUUGUGGAGUACUCAAUAACCAUUAUGUAGAGGGUAGGUAAGAAUUAAAGGGUUUAAUUUCCUAGGAAAGACAAUGGAAAAAUGGUCAUUUUUAAAAAAUAAAGUUUAUUAGAUCAUAA